ACGCCCUGGAGAUCGAUGACGUACGUAUGGCAGUGCCCAGGGCUGAUGCUUGUGCUGUGGUUGGCGGUCACGUCGGCGACACAAGGGCGAGGGCAGAUGAGGAAUGCGAAUAAUAAUCUGACGAGAGGGAGUUUCCCCAAGGGCUUCGUCUUCGGCACGGCCGCCUCCGCCUAUCAGCACGAGGGAGCCGUCAAGGAGGAUGGAAGAGGACCUACCAUUUGGGACAAAUUCGCGCACACGUUUGGGAAGAUCCUUGACUUCAGCAAUGCUGAUAUUGCAGUUGACCACUACCACCGUUUUGAGGAGGACAUUCAGCUCAUGGCAGAUAUGGGGUUGGAUGCGUACAGAUUCUCAAUUGCAUGGUCUCGUAUUCUCCCAAAUGGUACCGGUGAGGUCAACCAGGCAGGCAUUGACCACUACAACAAGGUGAUAGAUGCACUCCUAGCAAAAGGGAUCGAGCCAUAUGUAACUCUCUACCAUUGGGACCUUCCUCAAGCCCUGGAGGACAAGUACAUGGGACUGCUUGAUAGACAGAUAAUCAACGACUAUGCCGCCUAUGCGGAGACGUGUUUCAAGGCGUUUGGGGACAGGGUGAAGCGUUGGAUCACCUUUAACGAGCCACACACCAUAGCGGUGCAGGGCUACGACAGCGGUAUCCAUGCCCCGGGCCGAUGUUCCGUGUUCCGCCACCUCUGCUGCAAACAAGGGAGCUCCGGCACCGAGCCCUACAUUGUUGCCCACAACAUCAUCCUGGCUCAUGCUAAGGUUUCAGACAUGUAUAGGAAUAAGUACAAGGCAGACCAGAAUGGAGAGUUGGGGAUGUCGCUCAAUGUCAUAUGGUACGAGCCUAUCUCAAACUCCACAGCUGAUGUUGAGGCAACCAAGAGAGCACAAGAGUUCCAGCUAGGAUGGUUUGCCGAUCCCUUCUUCUUAGGCGAUUACCCGGCAACGAUGAGAUCGAGGGUCGGACAAAGGCUGCCGAGGUUCACAACCAAAGAGGCUGAUUUGGUCAAGGGCUCGCUAGACUUCGUGGGGAUCAAUCACUACACCACAUUCUACACAAAGGAUGACCAUUCCAGUGUCACCAAAUACUUGUUGAAUGAUACCUUGACAGACAGCCAAUCCAUCAGCCUCCCCUUCAGAAAUGGGAAGGCAAUUGGAGAUAAGGCCAAUUCGAUAUGGUUGUACAUUGUUCCCGUCAGCAUCAGGAAACUCAUGAACUAUGUGAAAGAUAGAUACAACACACCAACUGUCUACAUCACAGAAAAUGGGAUGGAUGACAGUAAUAGCCCCUUUAUCCCCCUCAAGAAGGCCCUCAAGGACUCGAAAAGGAUCAAGUACCACAAUGACUACCUUACAAAUCUAGCUGAUUCCAUAAGGGAGGACGGUUGCAAUGUUCUUGGUUAUUUUGUAUGGUCCUUUCUUGACAAUUGGGAGUGGACUGCUGGAUACACCUCAAGAUUUGGGUUGUACUUUGUCGACUACACAGAUAACCUCAAGAGAUAUCCCAAGAACUCAGUUCAGUGGUUCAAGAAUUUCUUGACAUCAUCUUGAUCAAAA